AUUUUCGCAGUGAAACACAUGGUUUCGAUUUGGUGGCAAGAAAUUACACCUAUUUGUUUUCUUUGGUUUUACUGUGUUUUAUAGUGUUCAUGCGCAGAUGAGGCUUCAGCCCUUAGUUCGAUAUGUAUCCUGAACUUGAACUGACUACAUAAACACGCAUUGGUGCGAUUAAAUGGUGAAUGAAACUUUGUAGAAGGCAGAUUCGUGUAGAUUUGAUUGAUCGGAACGGAUUUCAUGAUGACAGAUGAAGGCACAGAGAUCGAAUCAUCAAAAGAUUGCUCCACUCAGACUUUCGGGCUGGAUAAAGAAUUUUUCUCAUUCAACAUUCCACCCAAACUGAAAAGGGUGGAUGUGAGAUGUGGGACAAGUUUGGUUGAUGGGUUGAGGGAACAUGUCCCGUCACCUCUGGCAACCACAGUCCAAGGACCAGGCCUAAUCGGUCAUGUAUCAUCUGGAAUUGAUCUACCUACAGAUACUUCAUGUUAUCCAAACUAUACUUUUGCUCACCCUGAUCAUGGUUGUUACGAAACUGACUCCGACGCUCGCAGUAAAUCUUUUAUUAAGCAAGAAAAUCAAGACUGGCUCGGAAAUUGUCAAGCGAUAAACAACUUGGCGCUGAUAAGAGAGCAGACCAGACUAGAUUUGAUUCCGUGCCAACAGUUUUCACAGUCUUUUAACUCACCACCGGUUACAAUUCAGGAGAUGUAUCCGGGACUACAAAAAGUUUUCCUAAAACCAGUGUUCUCCUACGCUUGUCUUAUAGCUAUGGCUCUUAAACAUAGUUCAGACAACAGGCUGCCUGUAAACGAGAUCUACAACUACAUGCAGUGGGAGUUUCCUUACUUCAGAACCGCCCCUGAGGGCUGGAAGAAUUCUGUUCGACACAACCUAUCGCUGAAUAAAGCGUUUUAUAAAGUUGUCCGUACGCCGUCACGCCCCACGUCUCUCCGUCCCUUAUCAAUCACCGGAAAAGGAUGUUACUGGCUACUAGACCCUACCAAGGAGAAUGGAAUGAACGAGGAGAUAUUGAAGUGGAAGAGAAAACACCCCGAGGCAGUGCGGGCCAGCAUGUCAAACCCUGCCAACUACUGGAACCCUCCAAAUACAGGACUAGGCUCACCUCCAGCACACCUGAAGAAUGUUCUAGUUCCCUCCCGACCCCGGUACAACCCCUACCCCCGCACACUACGACCUGCUAUCCCAGUGGGUGGUGACCCGGAGAGUUGUACUGGGAUCACGUCUACUCAGCAGUCUCCGGUAUCAGUCAGGGAUCAGAGUUGUGGAAGUGAGGUGAGUGGAGAGGGUCUGGUUGGCAUGGUGCCAAGACACUGUGCGGAUAUGGUGCCAUGUAAUGUGCCUGUUGAAGAGAAAUGGGUUUCAAAUGAUGGAGUUCUCUUUCCUCCUCAUUUCAUUGGCUGAUCAGAUGAUUGUCAUUGUGAGAAAUCGUAGAACGAUAUACUGGGGAGGGAUUUGUAUUUGCUUUAUCAGACUUAACGAAUAACGAUAGAUAAUAUUACGUUGGUUGUUUAACAAAGGAGUAUGCUUGGAAUCAGACAAGAACUUUUUAUAUGUUUUUAUUGUUUUUAUCGCACGCCAAUGGACUAGCAGAUAAACUAUGAUGAAGUGAAUACAUUGCUGGGGUCUUCCUGCAUUACAUGUUUUCAUAUAAAAUAACCUGCCGAUAGUCAUAUGAAGUAGAUGUUAUCACAUUAUGGGCAUUAUGAUAAAGCAAAAAACGGUUCAUGAAUCGUUUUUAUAGUAAUCUGUGGGAAGUGGUCGGAAGUAGUAUAUGGUAAGAGUCAACAUAGUAUUUAGCUAACGUGGAUAAUUUAUAGUAAUAACGUGGAUAAUUUAUUACUAUAAAUUAUCCACGUUAUUCCGGGCCAAUGUUUUUAAUUAUAUGCUCCUAAAAAUGUAAUUCGUUUUGCAGCUUAUUUUGUAUCACUUUCAUAAAUCCAUUUUUAAAAUCCAGACCUAUAUGUAUGUUUGAUUUAUUAACCAGAUUUAAAAAUAAGUGACUAGAAUACUGGUUAAUAAUCGGGAGCCACAAAUAACAGAUAUGAUCCUGUAGUUGCUUCGCUCCAUAAGCUACAAUUAGAAAACCUUACUUUGUUUGAGAUGGCACGGUAUCUACUAUCUUGAUAUAAUACAUGUAACGCCAAAUUUGGCACAUAGAAACUCAUUCAAACUCGCACAGAUUAUUCGUAUUAUUACCAUAUAUCUGGAAAGUUUCUAUCGGGCAGUUCUAGAUAAAAUCAAAAAUAUAUUCUGAGUUAUUUACUAAAACACUCGAUUUUCAACGUUUUGAUUUGGAACAGUUUUGACGAAAGUCCUUCUGC